AUGUCGAACCAGCAAGUGGGCGCGGUCUUCGAACGUGUGAUCCAGGAAGUCAGCGACUCCUCUCAGGUCGACUUUGAGGAGAGUGGCGUCGAUCAGCAGACGCUGCAUGAUUUGCAGGCCAACUGGCAGAAGAAACUCUCUUCUCUCAACGUUGCCCACUUUCCCUGGGAUCCUGCCCCACAGCAAACUGCCCCUAACCCCGUUCUUCCUCCCACGGCUACUGUCCCGUCCAAUGCUCCCCGCCCAAACCAACCCCAGCAACAUGUCCCCCCCGCCUCUCUUCCUCAAUCUGUUCCGGCUCCCAUCCCCGCUUCGGCUCCAGUGCCCCCGCAUAUGGGCGCUCCCCGCAUCAAGGCUGAACCUGGUUCUAACGGCCAGGCUGGAUUGCCGCCCAUGAACAAUCCUAUGUCUAUGCACACGCCUAACCCUCAGUCAGCCCGUGACCGUGCCGCGAACCACAUCCAGCAAAAGUUCGGCGCUGCUGCUGCCAACUCUGUGAGCCAACUGCAGGCUCAGGCCCAGGCUGGACAGCCGUACCAGCAGGCCUACUCCACUACCCAUGGACAGAUGCCGCCCAUCAAAACUGAAUCUGGCUAUCCUCCUAUGGGACCGGGUCAAACCGAUGGCGCUGACGAUGCGUUGACGGACUGGAAAGCUGAGGUUGCCAGACGCAAGAAUGCUGCAGAGAGCGGAGAAGGCGAUCGGCUUCUUCGUGAGCACAUCAAACAGACCAUGUCUGAGUUUGAGGCAGGUGGACUACUUCGUCCAUUGGAUGAGCACAAAUUCCCAUCUCGCUCUGCGCCUCUUAAUUCCGAUGCCUUCGCUGAGUCGUUCUCCGCUCCUCAUCUGCCUUCCCAGGUUGAUGGUGGAGAUGACAGCCUCAAGGAGGAAGAUGAAGAUGCAAUCAACUCGGACCUGGAUGAUCCAGACGACCUUGUUGCCGAAGAUCAGGAUGCCGAUGAGUUGGAUGGUCAGGUCAUGCUUUGCACCUAUGACAAGGUGCAACGGGUCAAGAACAAGUGGAAGUGCACCUUGAAAGAUGGCAUCUUGACCACCGGCGGCAAGGAGUAUGUCUUCCACAAGGGCCAAGGCGAGUUCGAAUGGUAG